AUGCAACUGCUGUCCCGACAGCGGCUCCCAACAUUACAGAGGCUCAAACUGCAGCUCCUAAUGCAACAGCUGGCCCGACAGCUGCUCCCAACAUUACAGUGGCUCCAACUACAGCUCCUAAUGCAACAGCUGCCCCGACAGCGGCUCCCAACAUUACAGUGGCUCCAACUACAGCUCCUAAUGCUACAGCUGCCCCCACAGCGGCUCCCAACAUUACAGUGGCUCCAACUGCAGCUCCUAAUGCAGACAGCGGCUCCCAACAUUACAGUGGCUCCAACUACAGCUCCUAAUGCAACAGCUGCCCCGACAGCGGCUCCCAACAUUACAGUGGCUCCAACUACAGCUCCUAAUGCAACAGCUGCCCCGACAGCGGCUCCCAACAUUACAGUGGCUCCAACUACAGCUCCUAAUGCUACAGCUGCCCCCACAGCGGCUCCCAACAUUACAGUGGCUCCAACCGCAGCUCCUAAUGCAACAGCUGUCCCAACAGCGGCUCCCAACAUUACAGUGGCUCCAACUGCAGCUCCUAAUGCAACAGCUGGCCCGACAGCGGCUCCCAACAUUACAGUGGCUCCAACUGCAGCUCCUAAUGCAACAGCUGGCCCGACAGCGGCUCCCAACAUUACAGUGGCUCCAACUGCAGCUCCUAAUGCAACAGCUGCCCCGACAGCGGCUCCCAACAUUACAGUGGCUCCAACUGCAGCACCUCAUGCAACAGCCAUCACCACAGCGGCUCCCAACAUUACAGUGGCUCCAACUGCAGCUCCUAAUGCAACAGCUGCCCCUACUGCACACACAACUACAGUUACCAGUGCAACAACCGCUUCUACUUCUGCACCAGCUUCAACCACCACUGCAUCAACAAAUCCACCUUCACCCAGUGAGGGAACCCUGGGUCUUCAGUUUCGUCUUAACGAAACAUUUACAUCAGAUCUUUCCAAUCCAUCCUCUGCAGCGUUCCAGAGAUUAGCUAUAUCAGUGGUCAGCGAGUUAAACAGACUGUUUGCAAAGCUGUACGGAUCAUCUUUCCGACGUGCCAUCAUCAGGGCAUUCAGGAGUGGAUCAGUGGUUGUCGACUCUACCCUUGUCUUCACAGAUCCAAACUCAGUUCCUUCAGCAAGCAAUGCGACUUCAGAACUCAAUACUGCAAUUAUGAGUAACUCUACCUUCCUGAGCUUCAUACAAGGAAGCAUUAAUAUAACAACUACCGCUUCUACAUCUACUACCACCACCACUGCAUCAACAAAUCCUCCUACAUCUAGUGAGGGAACCCUUGGUCUUACGUUUAGUCUGGACCAAACAUUUACAUCAGAUCUCUCCAACCCAUCAUCAGCAGCGUUUCAGACUUUAGCUGCACUGGUGGUCAGAGAGGUAAAUGGAGUGUGUGGAAAGCUGUUUGGAUCAUUUUUCCGUCGCUCCAUAGUCAACUCAUUCAGGAGUGGAUCAGUGGUUGUCAACAUGACUCUUGUGUUCACGGAUAAAAACUCAGUUCCUUCAGCAAGCACUGCAACUUCACAACUCAGUAGUGCACUUACUAGCACGUCUACAUCUCUCAACAUUAUACCAGGCAGCGUGUCUGCACAGUCAACAUCAACAUCAAACAGUUCUCCUCGUCCCACAGCGGGCUCAUUGGCAGUGUUUUCCCUAACACUGCUGGCUGUGGCACAGAUACUGACAGACUUAUAACCGGCAUGCAGUUUUUAUCCAACAAACCAAAGGCAAAAGAUAUAAGUGUGCAUUAUGAAAAUUACCAAUACUAUGUGAUGUGGUAAAAAGAUGUGCCAAAAUUUUGAGUUUUUCAUUAUUCUCAGAAUU